GCUUCCCCCGGCGUGGUUGGUGCGUCCCAGGUGACGUCAGAAGCAGCCCGCCCCUGCCUGGAUGGUGCACCCUGAGUGACGUCAGGAGCAGAGGCCGGAGCUGUCCAUCAGCACCAAAGGCCGCCGGCGGGCUCAGGGCAUGGGGCCGCGGCUCCGGGGCAGCCCGAGCUCCUGCUCCUGCUCCUGCUCCAUUCCCUUUCCCGGGCUGGGUCCGAGACCCCGGGCUGUGGGGCUACAGUGCCAGCCGGUGUUGGAGGUGGAGCGGCGACGCCGUCGCACAGAGACCUGUCUCUCCGGCCCAGCAGCCCCCUUCACACGGCGGACUUUGCCCCGACCCCAGUCAGUAGGAACCUCUGGCGUCCCACCACCCCGGCUCCUCCGGUCCUUGAACAGCCUCUCUUGCUCGGAAGCUCAGGUCACCUCCAGCCCAGGUUGACCUGGGAGGGUGACCCUCUUCCAUUCCCAGCACUAUGCCGGGUACUAUGGAAACUCUGCGGUUCCAGCUGCUGCCCCCGGAGCCAGAUGAUGCCUUCUGGGGUGCACCCUGUGAACAGCCUCUGGAGCGCAGGUAUCAGGCCCUGCCGGCCCUCGUCUGCAUCAUGUGCUGUUUGUUUGGAGUCGUCUACUGCUUCUUUGGUUACCGCUGCUUCAAGGCAGUCCUCUUCCUCACUGGGUUGCUGUUUGGCUCAGUGGUCAUCUUCCUGCUGUGCUACCGAGAGCGGGUUCUGGAGACGCAGCUGAGUGCUGGGGCAAGCGCAGGCAUCGCACUGGGCAUUGGGCUGCUCUGCGGGCUGGUAGCCAUGCUGGUGCGCAGCGUGGGCCUCUUCCUGGUGGGGCUGCUGCUCGGUCUGCUGCUCGCUGCUGCCGCCCUACUGGGCUCUGCCCCCUAUUACCAGCCUGGCUCCGUGUGGGGCCCACUGGGGCUGCUUCUGGGAGGCGGCCUGCUCUUUGCCCUGCUGACGCUGCGCUGGCCCAGACUGCUCACCACCCUUGCCACUGCUGUGACUGGUGCUGCCCUCAUCGCCACUGCCGCAGACUAUUUUGCUGAACUGCUACUGCUGGGGCGCUACGUGGUGGAGCGACUGCGGGCUGCGCCUGUGCCUCCCCUCUGCUGGCGGAGCUGGGCCCUGCUGGCACUCUGGCCCCUACUUAGCCUGAUGGGCGUUCUGGUGCAGUGGAGGGUGACAACCGAGAGGGACUCCCACACAGAAGUGGUCAUCAGCAGGCAGCGAAGGCGAGUGCAGCUCAUGCGGAUCCGGCAACAGGAAGAACGCAAGGAGAAGCGGAGGAAGAAGAGACCCCCUCGGGCUCCUCCCCGAGGUCCUCGAGCUCCUCCCCGGCCUGGUCCCCCAGACCCUGCCUAUAGACGCAGGCCAGUGCCCAUCAAACGCUUCAAUGGAGAUGUCCUCUCCCCGAGUUACAUCCAGAGCUUCCGGGACCGGCAGACUGGGAGCUCUCUGAGCUCCUUCAUGACCUCACCCACGGACACGGACUUUGAGUAUGGGUCCCGGGGGCCACUGACAACCUGCUCGGGACCCCCUGUGCGGGUGUAGUCAUGUUGCCUGUCUAGACUCUGCAGUCACCAGCUCUACCAGCUUAGAGAGUCCUGCCAGGCCACUGCUGAGGCUGCACGGCCCUGUGGUCUUUGACUGUCUCUCUCCCCUCCUUGGAGGGGGUUGGCCAGCCACCGGAAGGGAGGCUGUGUCUCAGGCUAGGUAGGCCUGGCCUGAGGGAGAAACUCCGGUCCAAGCUCCCGAGGGACUCGGGAUGUGAGCCCCACUGGGACGUGCUCAGGGUUCUGUGUUGCCCAUAUAUGCGUGUGUGAAGGGGGUAGGCUUUGAGGGGACACUGGGACCCUUGCCUUAGAUUUCUGAUUGGCAGGGCUUCUUCAGGGCCAGCCCCGCCUCCUAUCCCACUGCUGGGGUCCCAUGGGCCACUCUCCUGCAUGUCUGUGAGGAAGAGGCCGGCCUGCCUCCCCUAUUGCUCUACCUUCCAGCCACUCAUCUAAGGGUUCUCGUCAUUGUCCAUGGAGCUAAUGACAGCACCCCUGACCCUGGUUCCCUGGCCUCUGCAAAGCAAGCAGCCUGAAGAGCCAUGGCAGGGAAUAGGGGCAGGGAGUGUUGUUCUCGGUUGGGUUUGGGAGGAGGGUGGAGGGAGAAGGGCUUAAAUGCACGGUGCAUGUCUGGUGUCUGUCAUACCACCCUAGACACCUCAUGCUUCUGUCCCCUCCCACCCUGUUUAACAACUUUUAUAAAUGUGCCAAACUAUGUGCCCUCUGCCAGAAGUCUUCAGUAACUGGUACUCCCAUCAAUCAAGUUGGAAGCCCUGCAACCUCAGAGCUAUGCCACUGACUAUAGGGGCUCCAAGCAUGGCCUGCCCU